AUGUCCGAGCGCCCUUCGGGCUGCUCGGGCGUCUUCUAUUCUUACGUGCCGACCAUUCUUCGACGUCAAGCGCGUGAACGCCGGCAAUAUGUCUAUGCAAAAUCGCUAGAGGCCCAAGAAAAGCAGACGUAUGAACGGAAGAGGCAGAUCAAGGACGCAUUAGCUAGCGGUAAACAGCUUCCCACUGAGCUCAAGAAGGAUACGAAAGAUUUGGGAAGAGACUUAGCUUUCGACGAGGCGCAGGAAGAACCUUCAAAUCACAUAGACAACGAGUACUCUCGUGCUGGAAUAGAAGACCCAAAGAUUCUCAUCACCACCUCACGAGAUCCUAGUUCCAAACUGCUUCAGUUCGCGAAGGCGAGUCUUCCUCAAACAUUCACUGCGAAUCGCUACUGA